AUGACCAAAUACGCAUUCACCGUCGAACUUUGUGUCAACAGUGGCGACCCAUUGGCUUUCAAAAUGGACGGACACCGAUUCGAUGGAGCGUUGCGGACAUUGAAAUGGAGUACCGACCAGACGUACGCGGUGAAAAUCACCACGAAGCCGGCGACAGAAGUGACACGUAUCAACGUAAACGGAGCAGAUUUGGACAUCACCAAGGAGAAACUGGGUGUUUUCUCGGGUAACUGGAAUACGACUGGAUCGGAAAUUUCAAAAAGGGGAACCAGAUUUCCGUUGAUUUUCUUGGUUGAUUUUGCGCCCGAGGGACAGAUGAGAGUGGAGUUUCAGUCGAAGAUUUAUUCGAAGAACGAUUCUCACGCUGUCUGGGGACAUAAAAUGAAUGCGGUCGAGUUCAAAUGCUGCGGCGACGACGACGGAUAUGUGAAAAUCGUCGAUGAAUCCUAUAAAUAA